AUAAUGCCCCAUCUUUAAACAUUUUGCUGUUCUCUCUGUUUUUCUCUGUCUCUCUCUUCGCUCCAAAGGCUCCGACUUGGAGUUCGCCGUUCUGAGAUUCUCUCCCUCUUCGUUUUCUCUGUGAGAUCCAAAAGCACUUGCACUCAGAAAUUUCUAAUUCAAUCUGCAACUAUCUGCCACUUCAAGUCCCAAUUUCGGCUACAAAACAAAAGCACUUCUACUCUGUUUUUCUCCAAAAGAUUCUGUCUUUUCUCUCACUAUAAGUUUAUAUAUAUAUAUAUAUACAUAUAUAUUCCUGUUUUUCUUGGAAAACAUUAGAGAUUACCGCCUUGUUAGAUCCUCCAAAGUUAGUUAUUUCCGCUAGAUACUUUGCAGAACUCACACUUUCACUCUGUGAUCUGUAAACUCUUCGUUUCCAACUAAAUUAGAUACUUCCGCCUUUACCUUUUUGUUUAAGUAUUUCAUUUGAAUACAAGGGGUUGCUAUUUCAGCCCCAAAGCAACCCCAACCUUAUUAGCUGUCUUAUUUUAGACUAAACGCGCUUCAGAUAGAAGCUUUUCAGUUUUUGAUUUUGGAUGUUGGUGAUAUUGAGGAGAUUUGAUCAUCUGGGUAUUUGCAUUUGAGAGAGAUUUGGCUUAUCUUUUGCUGCUUUUGUGAUCUGGGUUUGAGUUUCAACUUAAGUGUUAGAUGCACCCGUUGGAUUGUUGCUUAGAAAGUUUUUUGAUGCUUUGUUGCUAAGAUGCAGCCUGAUCCAAGAAAAAAGUCAUCUGCGGAUGUGGACUUCUUCACAGAAUAUGGUGAGGGUAGUAGGUAUAAAAUAGAGGAAGUAAUUGGUAAAGGAAGCUAUGGUGUUGUUUGCUCUGCAUUUGAUACACAUACUGGAGAAAAGGUUGCGAUAAAGAAAAUAAAUGAUAUCUUUGAACAUGUCUCGGAUGCCACACGCAUUCUUCGUGAGAUUAAACUUCUUAGGCUCCUGCGUCAUCCAGACAUUGUGGAGAUCAAGCACAUCUUGUUACCUCCAUCCAGAAGGGAAUUCAAAGACAUAUAUGUUGUCUUUGAACUCAUGGAAUCUGAUUUACACCAGGUUAUCAAAGCAAAUGACGAUUUGACACCAGAACAUUAUCAGUUCUUUCUUUAUCAGCUUCUUCGAGGCAUGAAGUACAUACACACAGCAAAUGUCUUUCACCGAGAUCUAAAACCCAAAAAUAUCUUAGCAAAUGCUGACUGCAAACUCAAGAUAUGCGACUUUGGUCUUGCAAGAGUAGCUUUCAAUGAUACCCCUACUGCUAUAUUUUGGACGGACUAUGUUGCCACAAGAUGGUAUAGGGCUCCUGAAUUGUGUGGUUCAUUUUUCUCAAAGUAUACACCUGCAAUAGAUGUAUGGAGCAUUGGGUGCAUUUUUGCAGAGCUUUUAACUGGAAAGCCUCUUUUUCCUGGCAAAAAUGUUGUCCAUCAAUUGGAUCUGAUGACUGAUUUAUUGGGGACACCAUCUGCUGAAGCAAUUGCUAGGGUACGCAAUGAGAAAGCUCGCAGAUACUUAAGCAGUAUGCGGAAGAAGAAGCAAAUUCCUUUCUCCCAUAAAUUCCCGAAUGCAGACCCACUUGCUCUUCGUUUAUUAGAAAAAAUGUUGGCAUUUGAACCAAAGGAUAGACCUACUGCUGAAGAGGCCCUUGCUGAUCCCUAUUUUAAGGGUUUGGCAAAGGUGGAGAGAGAACCUUCUGCUCAACCAGUUACCAAGAUGGAAUUUGAAUUUGAGAGGCGAAGGAUAACCAAAGAAGAUGUAAGAGAGCUCAUUUACCGUGAGACUCUUGAGUACCAUCCAAAGAUGUUGAAGGAGUACUUAGAAGGAUCAGAACCAACGGGCUUCAUGUAUCCAAGUGCUGUUGACCAUUUCAAGAAGCAAUUUGCCUAUCUUGAGGAGCACUAUGGAAAUGGUGCAACUGUUGUUCCGCCUGAAAGAACACAUGCAUCACUACCCAGGGCAUGUGUUUUAUAUUCCGAUAAUACAGUACAACAUUCAACAGAAGUCGCAGAUGACCUCUCGAAAUGCUGCAUCAAAGAAAUUGAGAAGCCACAGAUCGACAGGAGCUCUGGGAUCCCUACAACAAGGCUUCCAGUUCCUCAAACCAUCCAAGGAGCUGCAAGGCCUGGGAAAGUUGUGGGUUCGGUAUUACGUUUUAAUAAUUGUGGGGCAGCAGCUGCAGCAGAGGCUCUUGAGCAGCGAAGGAUGGUUAGGAAUCCAACUGCUCAACCCCAGUAUACUGCUACAAGUACAGGUUCAUAUCCUCGAAGAAAUCCACCCUGUAAAAAUGAGAGGGGAGAUUGUGAAGGCGUUGAAGGUUCCAAUGGUCUGCAGCCAAAGCCUCAGUACAUGCCAAGGAAAGUAGCUGCUGCUCAAGGUGGAUCUGGUCAAUGGUACUGACUCCAUGGUGGGUUUAUAUGGUGGAAUCCACUAACCAUAACCAAUGUUAGAUGGGACAGUCAUGCACCACAUACUAACCGGGAUUGAUCCAUCACUAAUUGAAACUUCAUCAAUUUAAGUGAUACAAAUAUCAGUUAUAUGUAUUGGUUAUUGCCACAUCUGCGUGAAAAAUAUUAAGCCCUGUCGAUUUCGGAGGAAGUUUAGCAAUAGUUGUACUUUAUAUCACUAAUUCGAAGUGAAGGGGUUGUAUGAUCUGUCUCAAUGGUUCCGUUACUCUCUGAUUCAGAUAAGAACAAAGACAUAAAGGGCAUGUGACAACUUGAAUGAAGGAAUACUAAGCUAUGCAUUGACUUUACCC